AUGGGCUCGCUCAGCAAAACAGAUAGCUUCCUCGAGGCCGUCAAGGACCGGCGCUCCCUGUAUGCCCUCGCGGCUGAAUCACCGGUCCCGGACUCCAGGAUCGAAGAGAUCGUCAAGCACGCCGUCACGUGGGCCCCCUCCACGUACAAUGUCCAGUCGGCUCGCGCGGUCGUCGUGUUCAAGGAGAACCACCACAAGCUCUGGGAUAUCGUGAAGAAGCACAUGGCCGAUGUGCCGCUUGAGGGCGGCAUGCGUGGGUACAUGGACGGCCGCAUCGCCGCGUGGAGAUCGAGCUAUGGAACCGUGUUGUGGUUCGAAGAUCAGACGGCUUUGGAUGGAUUGGCCGAGAAGAACCCCAUGAUCGGUGGCAUGUUGACGGAGUGGUCGGACCAUUCAAGCGGCAUGCAUCAAUUCAUUGUCUGGACGGCCCUGGAAUCCGAAGGACUGGGCGCCAAUCUUCAACAUAUGAAUUUCCACCCCGGGAUCACCGCUGAGAUCAAGUCGACGUGGGAUCUUCCUGAGGCGUGGAAGCUCAAGGCCCAGCUCGUGUUUGGAAAGCCCCAGGAGGAGGCCAAGGAGAAGACUUUCGAGCCCAUUGAAAAGAGGGUGCUUGUGAAAGCAUGA